AUGAAACUCUUCAUCGCUCUUGCUACCCUGGUGGUGUUGGUCGCGGGCCAGGACACCUACAAGUUGGAGAAAGAGGAACUGGACAUCGAUGAGGUGGUCAGCAACCCGGAGUUGCUGAAUUCCUGGUUCAGCUGCUUUGUGGACCAGGGCCCGUGUAACCAGCUCCAGGCCAGAUUAAAGGUUGACCUGCCCGAAGGGAUACAGCAAGCGUGUGCUAAAUGCACAGCUCCACAAAAGGUGAUCUUUAAGACAUUCUUCACUGGUCUACAGGAAAAGGCCCCUGCCGACUUUGAAGUCUUCAGACAGAAGUUCGACCCAGAAAACAAGUAUUUUGGACCGUUGGCUAAGGCUGUUGCAUAAAUGCUGACACUCGAUACAUC